AAGAAGAAGAAGAAGAAGAGAAAGGGAAGAAGAUUUCUGAUGGAUCCAUUCAAGAGAAGUAACCCACUAAAUUCACAGACAAAUCUGAACCGUUCAGAACUCAAACGAAGAAAGGAUUCCUGUACUAGUGUUGCAGAGACUGACGAGAAUGAGUUCUCUUUUCAUCACAACGAAGCCCCAACGAAGUCGCGCGAUUUGAAGGCUGAACAAAAGAAGAUCGCUUUGUUCUCGAAUACUCCAUCAUCUUUCAAGAAGAAGAUCUUGGCUGAGAGGAAAGAAGACUUGUUGCUGGAUUCUUCUCAAAGAUCUUAUCUUGAGGGCACCCCUCAAUCUAAUAAAUGCAUGCAAUGUGUGCAUCCAAGGGGAGCCUCCUUCCAUAACUCACCCAUCUCCUUGCAUUCUUAUGAUCCUUUUACUAAUUACACCUCCCCGAGGCCAAAGUUUCUUCGCUACAAUCCUAAUCGACGGAGAGAACUCCUUAAACGCAUUAAAGGAGAGAGGAGGGAAAAUGAAGGGGCACACUCGGCAUCUUCCAUUUCCUCUUUAGAUUCUUCAAGUACGAGGGAAAAUGAGAAUGAGCAUGAAGAGGAAGAGGAGUUGAAGGAGAAGCCGUUUUAUUCAUGUGUGGUUUGGAGUUUGAUUCCUAUAUUUGUAGUUUUAUUGUUCAUUUCAUAUUGCAUGAUUUCUGGUUAUCCUUCUAUUGGAGGAUAUGAGAGCCCUGCAGCUAAUAUUCAGAAGAUUCAGGGUGGGACUCCUCUUAGAUUGGAAGGGAAAGACCUAUUUUCGAAAAAUUUGUUGGGGAGAUUCAUGAGCUUGUCUGAGAUGUGCCCAAUUGUUGAGGAAUCAUUAUGUUACCUUGAUAAAAAUUUAUCUGUUUCACUAGAGAUUGACGGAGUUAUUAGAAGAGAGCGCGCAGGAAAGGAAAAAUCAUUGAGUGAAAGAAUCAGAAGUGAGUUGUCUACUGAAGUUAAUCAUUUGUUACUAAAACAAGGAGGUUUGGUCGAUGAUGGUUCUGUGGAUAAAGAAAAGAUGGAUCUGGGUCAAAACCUGAUGGAUUUUGGUACAUUGACUGAAGAAAUCAAAGCAAAUAAAUAUAUCAGUAGCGUUGAGACUCUGAAAGAAAACAAACUCUCUAGCUCAAGUGUUGAAUCCUCACUAGUUUCAGUAGUCCAACAUGUUUCUGAUAGCUUGUCCACAAUUAAAGAAGAUAAAUUUCAGAAUCCGAGCUUGGACUCAAUUGAGCUUUCAACGAUUUCUCAUUCAGCACUAGAAGAGAGUACUUCUCUAAACGAUCAUGGCCUUCACAACUUCAACUUCUCAGCAGCCUGUGAUACAGAACUUAAGUCAGAUUACAGUUCUAGCAUUCUCUCAGAAGAGGCACUUCGCAUUUUUUCCAUCUUCAUUGGUUUAUUGAUCAUUGUAGUUGGGUUGUUAUGUUCUUUUCAUAAAUAUUUUCGAAGUCAGAAAUUGAACUCAUUGCACGUAUUUUCAUCUCCACCUUCAUCUGAAUUCUGUCUGAAAUCAGAAACUGAGAAAAACACAGUUACUAACUUUCCAAUGAAGGAAGAAGAUGUAGAUUUUGGACGACCAAGAGUAAAAUUGCUUGGAGAAUUCUCACCCUUUGAUGCAAGGUUCACUAAUAAUGGCUCUGGUUCAAAUUUUAAAAAAAUGGAGCAACCGAACUCACGGUUUUCUUAUUAUCAAAAAGGAAUAGGAAGGAAGAUAUCUUCUUCCUUGCCUGAUAUGUUAGAUUCGUCUCCUGAGAAAUCAAAUUCCAGCAGAUUCUCUUCAAAGGUUCCUACUGAUAAAGGUGAGCUAUCAAACUCUUCUGCUACUUCUUCUUUGAGACGUUCAAGCCGGCUUCAAAAUCGAAAACAAGUAAUAUGUUCAUGACCUAUGGUGGUUCGGCUUUGGGCAAGCUAUUGUUUCUUGUUCUUAAUUAACUCUCAUAAACUAGUGAGAUUGACCAUACUGAUUGGUUUUCUUUUUGCACCUCUGAAUUUUUGUUAGCCACAUGAAAACAAGCAUCUUGAUGUAAUGACAUGAAUCAAACUUAAAAUUUUCACACGGCCAUGGAAAUAGUUUUUCCUGUAUAAGAAGUUACUAA